AUGGCAAGCGAUGGGCUGUACCUUGUAGUACCCGAGAAGGGAGCGCGGCUGUUUGUCGGUACACAGAAAGCCGCUCAAGAUCGAUCGCUCUUGCGACGCCACCGAGUGUCAAGGAUAGUUUGCGUCGGGACACCAGCCUUUCAUCAGGGUGACGAUGAUGAAGUCCACAGCAACGGCAGCAAAAACAUUUCCUACCUCGAGGUUGACAUCCUAGACCUUCCCUCAGAGAACCUGCUGGGGCGAUUAGACAGCUGCGUGUCCUUCAUCGAGGAGGGAAUGAGCCGAGAAGAGAACGUUUUAGUCAACUGUGUCUACGCGCAGUCGAGGAGUCCUACCGUCGUGGCUGCGUACCUCAUGAGACUCAAGGGCCUCUCCGUGGCUCAAGCCAUCGAGCUUGUCCAAGAAGCGCAGCCUACGGUCCACAUUAACCCGGGCUUCCAGGCUCAAUUGGACCUGUAUAGCGACCUUGGCUGCAGACUACCCGCCACAAAGAAGGUCGAGAUUGGGCCAACAGCCCCAUCAGCAGGAGGCAGAGGAGUGGCGCCAGAAGAACCUAUUGGGAUCAGCCAGGAAUCAAAGCCCUCGACUAACACCACCACGGUUUGGGCGGCCGCAACGUAUCGAUGGUUCUUGUUCGCUUGCGGCUUAAAUCUCGGCGGCGGUUUCGGCGGCGAAGGUGGGCAUAACGGUGCAUUCCACGGAGGGGAGGGUUGCGGCCGCCUGUACCGCUGUAAGGCGUGCCGCGCCCCGCUGUUUCGCGACAGCAACGUCCUCGACCACCUCCAUCCCGUUGUUCAAGCCGCGAGCGACAGCACCUUCGCUUCCUUCAGCAAGCACGGGGACGGCAGCUCCUGGAUAAAGGCGAGAGAUGCCGCUGACAUCGCCGCAGCUGGUUCAACAAAAACGGUGGUCCGCGGAGCGAAGGGCCGGCACGACCCAACCGUUCGUCGUGGGGGAGGUGCGACCCAUAGCAACAAUAACUGUGGUAAAAGCGUAGUCUCUUCAGCGGGGAAAGGGAUGUGCACCUCUGUGUUUACGGAAGCCUUGGAUUGGGUAGUUGUUGCGGACAGGGGGCGGCAUUCCGGGCAUUUUGCCCAUAGCUCUGGCAAAAUUUGUUGUCCGGGGAAGAAGGGAACAGUAGUGUGCGGCAGCAAGCUCGGGGCGUGGAGCUUAGACGGGAUCAACUGUAGCUGCGGAAGGUUGGUCAAACCAGCGUUUCAGUUCACGCUAAGCCGGAUUGAGCGCGUUUAA